AUGGUGGGAAAAGCAGAGACACUGACAGUCGAACGAAGGCAGAGUGCAACCAGAGAGACCUUGAAACAGGGAAACUGGAAGGGGACACACAGGGAUCUUGUGGACAGGGAAUGGAGGAACCCUCGUGUCGGCAUUUAUGUUGACCUAAAGAAGCUACAAAGCAUGGCAUUCCCCCUAAGCUAUGAUGAUUAUGCCGACUUCCCCCCCGACGUGUGGUACCCGGGCGGGAUGGUGGGCCGGGUGCCCUACGCCGCGCCGCCCGCCUGCAUCAAGACCGAGCUGACGCCGUGGAUGGAGGGCUACGCGGGCGCCUACGGAGACGUGAGGUUGGAGGCUGGAAGGGACCACGUUUUGCCCAUUGACUAUUACUUUCCGCCACAGAAGACUUGCCUGAUUUGCGGAGAUGAAGCUUCUGGGUGCCACUACGGAGCUCUCACCUGUGGCAGCUGCAAAGUCUUCUUCAAAAGAGCAGCUGAAGGUAAACAGAAAUACCUUUGUGCCAGCCGGAAUGACUGCACCAUUGAUAAAUUCCGAAGGAAAAACUGCCCUUCCUGCCGCCUUCGAAAAUGCUAUGAAGCAGGGAUGACUUUGGGAGCACGCAAGCUGAAAAAGCUGGGCAACCUGAAAGUACAAGAGGAUGGGGAGGCAGCCAGCUCAUCGAGCCCUAUGGAGGAGCAAGCUCCCAAGAUGAUGAUGACACGCAUGGAUGGGUACGAUUGCCAGCCCAUCUUCCUCAAUGUUCUGGAAGCCAUUGAGCCUGGUGUGGUGUGUUCAGGCCAUGACAACACCCAGCCAGACUCCUUCUCCAACCUCCUGACCAGCCUGAAUGAGCUUGGGGAGAGGCAGCUUGUGCAUGUGGUGAAAUGGGCAAAGGCCUUGCCAGGGUUCUGUAACCUGCACAUGGAUGACCAAAUGUCAGUAAUCCAGUAUUCCUGGAUGGGUCUAAUGGUUUUCGCCAUGGGAUGGAGAUCUUUCACCAACGUGAACUCCAGAAUGCUUUACUUCGCUCCAGAUUUGGUCUUCAAUGAGUACCGAAUGCACAAAUCCAGAAUGUACAGCCAGUGUGUCAGGAUGCGGCAUCUCUCUCAGGAGUUUGGGUGGCUUCAGAUCACACCCCAGGAGUUUCUCUGUAUGAAAGCCCUACUCCUCUUCAGUAUUAUUCCAGUGGAUGGACUGAAGAAUCAGAAGCUGUUUGAUGAACUUCGAAUGAACUACAUAAAGGAACUAGAUCGUAUCAUUGCUUACAAGAGAAAGAAUCCCACAUCCUGUUCUCGGCGCUUCUACCAGCUCACCAAGGUCCUGGACUCCGUGCAUCCUAUUGCCAAGGAGCUGCAUCAGUUUACAUUUGACCUCUUAAUUAAAGCGCACAUGGUCAGCGUGGACUACCCUGAAAUGAUGGCUGAAAUCAUCUCUGUCCAGGUUCCCAAGAUCCUGUCUGGAAAAGUCAAACCCAUCUACUUCCAUGCACAGUGAUAUUCUGGAGAGAGUCGCAUUGCGCUGCCAUCCCCCUUAUCAGCCAUCUCCUGCCUGUUAUCUCUGCACUACUGUACUGCAGUGCCUUGGGGAAUCCCCUCUAAAGAUACUCUUGGUGAGAAGAUGUACAGUAUCAAACUACUACCUGCUGGGAUUCCUUUCAUUUCUAUUUUUUCCUGUGGUACCUCUGAACUGAACUACCUGCCAUGGCUUCCGCCUGUGUUUGGAUGGCUCCGUCUCUUUAAAUGUUGUGACAUAUCAUGACUAUGUGACAGUGUCCAGUGGCACUUGUUUACAGUCUUUUGCUUGUGUAUUUUCCAUGGUGACGUACCUGUGACCCAGUGCCAUGUCAGUUUGGGAGAAAUGCCACCCUUCAUUCUCACCUUAAAACAAAACAAAGCAAGAAGCAAAUGAAGCCUGCGCAUUUAUGGGAAGGGGUUAUUUUCCUUAUUCCCCAGGGUGUUUUCCUGUUUUUUAUUUGCAUUAUGUCUCUAAGAGGCAGGUGAAUUCAAAUACAGUAGUAGUGAAGCAGAGAGGUGUCAAGGGGGAAAGAGCACAACUUGCUGAGGUUAUCAUAUCUUUCUAAAUCAGACAGCUGCUAGCUUAUGAAUAUUCAGUCCUGGUGCUGAAAAUAUGUAUCUUGUCCUCUGCUCUGGCCAUGUGUUCAGGCCUCAAACCCAUGGUCUUUUCACAGCUGAGAGAAGCAUUAAGUACUCACUUCUGUAAGAAAUGCCCAAUCUGGAGUGGAGGGCUGGAAAGGAUUGUGAUCUUUGGAAACCUUCAAAGAUUGCAAAGGGCUGUUUUCAUCCAGGACAUUUUUUUCUGAGGACUGGAUCAAAGCCUGUCCAGUGAAUGUCCAGAAGUCUACCAAUGUCACAUUCCAGUUUUGAAUUUUUUUUCCCCUUUCCUCAGUUGUAUCCAACUUUCAUGAGUGCCUGAAGUCUCUUCACACCCCUGCCUCUGGCAUGCUCCCUUUCAGUGUCUGGCAUCUCUACUUGUCUCUGGUUUCUCUCUAGGGUUAUCUGAAAGUCUAGAUUUUCCUGGUUAUGCUUUGCAUUUGCCUUUUUUCUGAACUCUAUCGCAGACUGUUUAGGAUACCUACAGGCCGACAUCACAGAAGCAGAGCAACCAGAGCUCUGGUGCUUUGGACUGUGUGAGGACAAGUGAUCCUUUGUUGUCAAUCCUGCUCCUUUUGGAAACAAUUGCAGCUGGCAUGAAAUUGCCAUGAGAUUUCCAUAUUGUUUCAGGGAAAUUGUAAACAAAUCACAUAAGAAACUCCUACUCCUCCUUCGAGGUGCACGCAACUCCCCUGAUGAGGAAGGAUCAUCUUCACAUAAGGGAGAUCAAGGGAGUACACCCUGACCAAUGACGCAGUAAAGACAGCACUAUCAAAACAAAACUCACAGACCAUGCCUGAAUUGAUGACAGUGUUUCAUCCUGCAGCAGAACCAGUGGAGGUAGAGAAACCUGCCUGGUGGACAUGAAUAAUUAUUCAAAACAAAACAAAUCAGACACUCAGUUUUUUCGAUAUUAGCAACUUUCUGUAGUCGGGACUGUUUCAGAAAGGGACAUCUGUUUUUUUCAAAGCAGGGUAACACUGACUUGAAUCCUCCCACUGGAAAGCUCUGCUUGGUAUUCCUGAGAAAUUAUUAUUCUGCCCAUGAAUGUUAUUCAGAUUUAUUGUUUAAGGCUGUACUGAACAUGUAGGAAUAUAAUUCUUCACCUUAAUGUCUCACAGGUCCCUUCAGAGUCCUACUUCCCCUUGUCUCAUGAGUCCAACAGAAGAGCAAAAGUCCUGCUGUCGGCCCCGGUUAGUGAUUUAAGCCUGUCCUAUGGACUUCUGCUGGCAUAGGUGUGUGGGUGACUGGUGUGAGGAGAUGCUACCCUGAUUGACAUGGCUGUGCCUGAAAAAAUCCCCAGUGUAGAUGCACUUAUACUUGCAAACCUGCACCUUUCUUCAUUGUGUUUUGCUCAGGGAGGUUAUUUUACUACAACUGUUCAAAGCACAGGUUUGUUUGUAUGGUCCUGUCCACAUUAGAAGCACUUCGUCAGUCCGGUAUACGGGUAUUCCUGUACCAAAAAAGCAAACCAAACAAAGACAGAGUCUUAGCUUUUGGAGGAGAUGGAUUUCCUGUGUGAUAACAGCUGAUAACAUUUGCCAAAUAACCAUUUAAACAUGAGGAGAAGAAGGAGGUUCAGGCUUGUGGAACCCCAUCAGCUCAACUCUCCCCCAGAUCCAUGGGUCUAUUCCAACUGAAUCCUGCCACACAAAAGCAAUCACCACUAUUCUUCUGCUGUUUGGGCCUUUCAUGGAUUGUGACCAAUGACUGUUCUUCUAGUCAGGCAGCCCCACAUGCUUCCUUGUGAUGUGUUUUGGUUCUGAACAGAGUAAAUGUCAGCACAGAUGGUGGCUGCAGAGUUUCCCUGAUUCUCUCCAGUUGUCCUGUGCAGAGUUCUCUGAACAAAAAGUAUGUUUACAGUGUUUUUGGAUGAGUUAACUCUCUUGUGAUAGAUUAAUUUGAUUGCAUCCUUCCCCCUUUGCCCCUUCUGGAGAGUAAUGAAACAGCAAUGAGUUCUUUUUUAAUGCUAACGAAUAUACUCUGCUAUCAUAAAUAUUUGUUUUCAUUGUUUUGGAGGGUUACAAAAAACUGAAAUUUCAUUGGAAUCUACUGAUUUUGAGAAUGCACCAGUGAAAAGAUCCACGUGUACUAGCUCCUGCUUUUCAGCACUGUGGAUCUUCUGUUGAGUUACAAAAAAAAAAUACAUUGAAGGUCUGAGUUGGCACAGCAUUCUCAUUCUGCUGUAAAACAGGAGGAUGUUGAGAGUGGUGAUAAACUCUUCCUUUAAAGAAAGCUUCUAUUUUGCACUGCUCAAGUCAAUCCGAAGGUUUCGCUUUUGGUGCCACUCUGGAGUGUCAGUGGAGUGCUGGCAAAUGUCUAAAGUCAAACUGAACAUUUACAGACAAACAGCCUUGUUUGGUGUUGGAACCACGUAGAUAAUGGGGGGAGGGAUGGAGGAGGAUACUGUCCAUGUGUCAUCUGCAAAACAUUUGCAAUGUGUGGGUAUAGUGCUUGUCAAACUAUUUAUCCUUUAGGAAAGAAAUGUGCUCAUUUGAAUAUUGCCUGUCCAAUAUUGUACAUACAUAGCUAGAUUGCCUUUACUGAGGUCUACUAGUAGCUCCUGUGCCAUUCAAGCUGUAUUAGGGGAUGGUGGGGGGUGUUAAGUUUUAUUCUGUAGCUUUUAAAUGUUCGGUAGGUUUCUGCCAUUUUUUCCCCCUAAAUUGGAAAGUUGGAUUUGUUAUGACAUUACUGAAAGUAUGACUGAGGGAUCCAGUCAAAGAACGAGGAUUGGCAACAUGCUGAUUUGGGUACCUUCAGGUUACAAAUCCAAUACUGUCUUCAGCCACUGAUACUAUUCCCCUUUCUGUAUCAUCUCUGUCCAAACUCUAUCUAAAACUGUCUCCUCAGGCCCUUUUCAGUUCCUGAAAGCAAACUGAAGAAGUGCAAAAGUGCUUCUGUUGCUAUGUCCCUUUGUAGUUCAGUUCUUAUUUUGUAUGCAAAGUAAGUUUGCAUUCUUAUUUCUACUGUUGCUUAAAUAAAGCAAAUGGAAUCUCAUAAUCCAUACACUAAUGUGGAAGUUUUCCCUAAGCAUACUAAGCAGAUCAUUUAGCUUUUUGCUUUAUCGCACUCCAGAAGCAGAGGAAGCCAUUUGCUUACUUGGCAUUGUUUUCCAUAACACGGAAGCAAAUAUCUUGCAAGCCCCUCUCUAGUUUCACUGAGCUGAAUUCUCCUUUCAGAUCCAAGGAUGCAGUUUCUUUUGGAGUUACAUGCAUGACCAGGCUGCACUAACUGCAUAUGGUCUUAACUUGGCAAGUACCCCAAAACUAUACCACCCUGCCAAAGACCAGGGGAGUGUCAUUUAGGAUAACUGCUACAGAAUCUGCAGUGUGUAUUUUGAGCCAAAUCCUGAGGAUCUAACUCCCUUUUUGCUGAGUCCUUACACAUAAAGCUCCCAUUAACUACCUCUGAGUUUGCCUCAGUAGGGACUUGCCAAAAACCCAAGAAGCUGAUUCACUUCUUACUUACACAGUUGUAAAUCAAGAAUGUCAGGAAUCCAAGAAAUGUUGAAAGCCAAUAGGAUUAUGACGGUGUAAGUAAGUAGUGAAUCAGGCUCCACAGAAAUGCCUCGGAAUUUGUUUCCUCAAGUACAUGCUGAAUAAUUAUCGCAUACUGGUAAAUUCCCCGUUACAUACAUGUAUAAGUGCAUGCCCAGCGACUGUCCUGCUGCUCUGGUAAUAGGUUGUAAGGAGGUUGCCAUGUUCUGUAUGUGAAUGAAUAUGGCUUAUCUGGUAUUUAAACCUUGUGAGGUAAUGUGCUACUUGCCUCCUAGUUCUACAAGCAUGAGCCUGAACCAUAGCAAGAGAUCCUAACAGUGUCAUCUCAAAAGGACUAAAUGUCCAUGCACUGGGCACCUGAUGACAGACAGCAAGAGGUCUCCCCAUUUUUACAUACAAUACAUCUGUGACUGUCGAUGUUGAUCUCUCCCUUAAAGUGUAAAAGAGAAAAACAAAGAGAGAAAGAGGGUCUUCUUAUGUUACCCAAGAUUUCUAGUCUGAGUCCUUACUUAAAGGACAUUUUUCGUUCUCAGUGAGAGAGAAAGAGAGAGAGAUUCUUCAGUAGAUGGGCCCUUAAGUCUGUGGAUGUGUUAAUAGACGCAUUUAUUUAAUCUUUUUUUCUGGUAGGUACUGACCAGGAUUUAAAAGGUCCAUUUUUACAUAGUGUACACGAGCAGAUGCUGGCAUCCUUUAUUCUGGUGUCACUUAGUUUGUCCAGGUCCCUUAAACCCUCCUGCUAGAUGGGGAUAUUUACACUAGAAGAACACUAGAGAAAACCCCAACUUUUGCACCUUUUGAUAGCAUAGAGAUUUAAUUCAAUGCAUAGUGUUGAAAUGCAUAGUAAGCUGGUAUUUAUUUUGUAGCCAUGUUUCAAAAUGGAUUUACAGAGUAAGAGAAAUGAUGUUUCCUGUAUUAGCUAUUCCUCUAAACCCUGCCUGCACCUUCAGAUUUGUGUCCAGUUAGCAACUAGUAUUGUGCCUGGAAAGUACAUUGGCAAUUGCACUCUGAGUACAUGUGAAAACUGGACUGCCUCCACUGGCCGAGCGCCUUCACCCAGGAUGCAGCAACCUCAGCACUCUGCAGCCCUGAGAAGGUUUUGUGGGCAUGAUGUAUUCAAACACUCUAAGUUAAGAGGGCAACUAAGUAAUUUGGAGAUAAAGUGUGGAAAGCUAUAAUCCAUAACUGACUCAUGUGGAGGCUAGUGCUAAAAACUCUUCGGAUGCUAAUUUACUUUUCCAGUUACAAAGGAGUCCUCAUUUUGUUGUACUUACUUUGGAGAGAGGAUUAAUUUUAGGAAGACAGAAUCCAACCCCUCCACAUAACACCCAUCCAUUAAGCCAAGUUUGACCUGUACUCUAAUCACUACCUUGGAAGUGAAGAUGGGCCUCCUGGGUCCUUCCCCUUUUGAAAGGGCAAGGAAGCCUACUCUUAGAUGGCAAAGGUGCAUGCCUGUCCUUCACAUAAAACCACAGCAAAUGUAUACUGAGCUGCUCUCCCUGGUAUUUUGCAUUAUACUGUUGGGUCUUAGAGAUGUUGUAUAAAGACUGUGGCAAAUUGACAGCUGUUUUUAUUUCUUAAUAUUUCUUUAAUUAAAGGUUCUCUAUAUAGAUAUAUUUUUCUUUGUAAUAAUCCUAAAAGUUUAUUGCUGGUGCCUCUGUGCUGGUGUGGUCUCCCAAUUCACAGCUCUGUGGAAGCAAGAAAGAAUAGUCACUGCAAUCUUUUGUCUCACUGUAUGUGAGUAGGCUUAUGAGGCAAACACAUCUCUCAUUCAGCGGGGCUACCAAAAGGAAGUGAGUGGCAGCCCACAACUUGGUUGAGCCAACUUUCAAAUACAACAUUGCCAAUUUCUCACUAGAUUUUCACCCAUGUCAUGCUAUUCGAAGGAGCUAGCAAGGCCUUGGGCUUCUGAGGCAUGGCAUCAAAGUCCUUUGUUCAGUCUCUGUCUGCCCAUGCUAUUACUUUGCUAAGCUUUUCUCAUUCUCUGCCAGGUUUACAGUUAAAUGUACUGAUACUAUUUGCUACACAUACAGAAUUGCAAUUUCUUUCAGACAGGGUGUGCAUACACAAGACACUUCCAGCGCAGUAGACUAAUUCUACUGUGCAUUAGUGCGGUGGGCAAAACCCAUGGUAAUGCGUUAAUGCACAGUAGCAUCAAUUACCAUGCAUUCAGGUAGUACCUGUAACUAUAGGUACUAAACUUAAUGCAUUUUAAUUAUGUCGCUUUAAUGAACGUGUAGAUGCGCCUACAGCCCUUUUUAAAUAGUGGUAUUCUGAAGCCUUUAUAUUUAUAGGUGUGAAGUGCUAAAUUUCACUCCUUCAGAAGUCAAUGGAUUUUUUUUUCUAUUGACUUUACUGGAACGAGGAUCUAGCCCUAAAUACAUUUAAGAAAGAAAAUAGACACCUAUUAUGUUAAGCAUCACUGAGAUUUUGCCUGAAGAUGACUUCUUGCCGUUUCAGUCCACAAAGAUGUGGCUGAAUAUGCCUACCCAAAAGAUCAGUGACUGAGAAUUUACCAUGCUAGGUUGAACAGCAUUUAUUUUUGCUUGUAAUUAGCUAAAAAAGAAACAUUUUUGAUACCAAGGAUAAACAACCAACCAACCAUAAUACAGUAUAGUUCACGUUUGAGUUCAGUGUGGGCGCUCAGCCAAUGCUGUGCAGCAGGACAAACUUCACACUGUGGCGUUCAGCUCUCUUUUUGUAAUCUUGAAAUCUGUUGUUGUUCUAAAUACAAUAAAAGGCAGAACCUUGUUUGUUGGAA